AGAGAGGGAGAGAGGGAGAGAGAGAGAGAGGGCUAUCGCUGUAGUUUGCAGGUGUCGGAAACGGGCUAACAGAGAAAACUUAAGACGUUAAAAAUACACCGCGGAUUACAGCGCGAGGACCGAAACAACCGCAGUGACAGAACGCACGCGCCGGUGUGCGUGUUGACUCCAGCACACACUCAUCCCUUAACCCUACGGAAGGUGACUGCCAACUUCACUCACACAGCAGCAGGACCCGGGAUACCCGAGCACAGGCGCGCACACACGCACACACACCACGUUCACACACGCAGAGGAGGAAUUCGUCGACGCAGCAGAGGCGUGUGGGCAUCGGAACGCGCUCAGACGCACCACACUACGGGCUCAAUGUGGACGUGGUGACGAGACGCUGUGCCAAGGUUCGGUGUCCUCGAGUCGGACGUCUAUCCGAUGGUUUAACUGGGAUUCCCUCUGGACCUCUUCUUCCCCCACCCCCCACACCAGCACCCCGAACAGAGGAGGAGCGACGAGGAUUGUUCCUGAGGUCUUUUACUCUGGAGAACAGAUCAACUCUGCAUCCAAAGAGGGUCGAUAUAUUAAACCAGGCGGGACCCUCUGUGGACGAGGACCCCCAAAGGAUACACACCCCCAGAGUUGAGACCCCAGAAAACGUCAUCAUAUCCAUUCAUCAUUCAACCAGUCCACCUUUGUUUUCUCUCAUCAGCAACGGCUAACCCUGCGGUAGUCAUAGCAACUGCCUCCCUGAGGUAGCCACAGCAACCAUACUCCGUGUUGAUGAUGGAUACAACCCUAAGGAUAACAGACCAUUUUCUGGGAUCUUCAGCACCUGGAUAUGGCACCGAUUAGUCCGCCUCAACCCAGGCUCUUGAAUACCUAUUCUUAAAUCUACCCGGGUAGAAUCAGAGAUCACCAAUCUUUAGAGACUACAAAUGUAAAGAAUCUGUUCAUUUCUCACUUCAGUUUUUUAGUACAGUUGUACUAUUGAAGUUAAAUAUCUGUGCUGACAUGAUUUACAAGCCGGGAACUAAAUGAACGAACCCUGAAGGUUUAUCCCGAAAUAGAAAGCUGAACCUUUUAUCGUUGGCUGUUCAAGGCCUUCCGUCGUCCAAAUCAUAAUUUCCAGAGUAUAUUAGAACAGAGAUAUAAAUGUAUUUUUCCCAUGAACGCUGAUGCACUCAGUCAACUGAAAUGGGACAAGAGAGGACAAGCAGCGGAACAAACCGCUUGUGACAACUGAGUAAGAGGACGACGAGAUCGGGGAUCUGUUCAGACGCGACCGAGCUGGGGGAAAAGCCCUGGACUGGGCUCCAGCAGAGCGAGCAGGGCGUUUUCACUUCGCCAUGGUCUUGGUCUGCAUCUGCGGGCUUGAGAGCAAGGCCUUCAAUAAGGGAAAAAUUAAAGAAUUGGAUUAAAGGAUGGAUUAUAGGCGCGCCACUAAAUCCCCCGACCAGCUGCUUCUGCGUGAACCAGGAGAGACGAUUUAAAGAGAGAGAGAGAGAGAGAGAGAGAGAGAGAGAGAGAGAGAGAGAGAGAGAGAGAGAGAGAGAGAGAGAGAGAGAGACAAAGACAAAGAGAGGUAGAGAGAGAGCUUGGCACAUUGAUUUAUAGAUUGUUUCUGGCUGGUGGAUGACUUGGCCCACCUUCCCAUAGCAGUAGUAGCAGCAGUGCUAGCAAGGACGAUGGACAACCAGGACGACCUGGAGCACCCUCUCCUAGGGGACAGCCCCCACCCGGGCCGAGGGCUCCUGAAGGGGGUCUUGGUGCGCUGUGAGGAGGACCGGGUCUACCCCCCGCUGGCCUGGAGGGGGUACUGCGGUGGGCCCACCCACCACCUCCAGCACCCGCAUCAGCAGCAGGUCCUGGACCCCUGUUCCCUACCGCGUAACCUGGAGUCCUGCUACCCCCCCUCGGGCCUCUGGGGUCCAGCAGAACCCCUGCUGAACAAGGACUACCUGGAGACCACCUUCGUGGACAUCCACCCUGGGUCCAUGCUGGAGAGGAAGCUGCUGGCGGAGGCUCAGGACCUCCAGAGUCUGUCCUACAGCGACGAGGAGGACCUGCUGCCAGACUUUGAGGACUCGUCCAGCGAUGAGUUCAGCGAGUCGGACAGCGAUAGCGACUUCCCCCUGAUGAUCCCCCAGGACCACCUCGGUCUCGCCUUCUUCUCCAUGCUCUGCUGCUUCUGGCCACUUGGCAUCGCUGCCUUCUACCUGUCACAGAAGACCAACAGGGCCUCUGCUCAAGGCGACUAUGAAGGAGCAACCGCUGCAUCGCGCCACGCCCUCUGGCUCUCAGUCCUCUCCAUUGUCUUCGGCAUCAUCACCUACAUCUGCGCCAUUGCAGCCCUCAUCUCCUACCUGUCUGUCAAACCGCCCUAACGCAGCCUAAGACCGGGCGGAAGGAUACGCAGGGUGGAGGAAGAAGUAUUUCCCUUUAUGCACCAAUGACAUUGACUCUCUCUGUGACACACAUGAAGAAUUGACUUGAUUCAGUCUUCCUGCCUGGACCUUGGCAUGGUACAUGUUUUACAGACAUAAAACCUGGAGCGGAAUCGGACAUCGCGACUGGAGUUGACAUCUGGUUGACAUCCAUCAUGGUUCAACUCAAUGGUGACUCACUGGACAUACAACCAUCACAAAUCAUCAGGUUUCAAAGUACCUGAGACGUUUAUUGCAAUCUAUAACUCAAAACUGCAGAAGUCCUGUCCGUCAAAGCAGUUUUACCAGGUCAAUGAAGGACUUAAUCAAGAGCCUACAAACCUUUAUAUUUCGUGCAUGUUGUCAUUUUUCUUUGGAUGUGUCUCUUUCUUCCUAGUUCAUGUUCAGAUUUCAGCUUCAAGAACAAAAACACGGGUCACAACGUUGUAGAUAGCACGAAAAAAAACCACUCACUGGACGUUGAUGGUUGGAAUGAUGUGAUUGGACGAUGGUGGUCGUGUGCAAUGUAACAGAGGCUGCAGAUUUAAGGACCAGUCCCGACCAGGCCACUAUCCCUGCUCCUGGUUGCCCCACUUUCCGAGGUUGUGAGAGGCCUACAGAGUACCUGAAAAAACGUGUUACAUUUAAUAAGACAAUUUAAAUCCACUGCUAUUUAUAGGUUUUGUUUGUUUACCAUGUAAAUAGAAAUGUGCCAAAAUAAUAAGAUAAGAUACAGUAGAACUUUAUUCUAUUAUAUGACGGGAGAUUUGGAAAAGCAAGGAAUAAGAGUUGAAUGGAAAGCAUGGUGUGGUGACUAUGUGAUGAAGGAGGACUAUGUUGCUGGGAGCUGAACCUUGGAGACGAGUACUGAUCGCGGAAGACAUCUCAGGAGAAGAGAGAUAUUAUUUUAAAAGACAGUGAGCGAGACGCCCUCUCUCCUUCUCACCUUCAACUUCUAAGAUGGAAUCCUCUGAAGAAAAGAAGCCUAGUCUAUGCAUGGUACGCUCUGACACACUCCAUUGGAUGCGUUUUGUUAGGAAAAAGACGGACAAGGCGCUUUUAAAAAAAGAAGAAUUGCUGACAUCCACUAUCCCCGUCCGCCCUCCCCUCCGUCUGAUUGGACGAGACGUUUAAGCAUUCGGCAUCCAUUACAUGCAUGAUCUGUAGCGGCAACCGCUGUAGUCCCGGUGAACUCAGCGAAUACUGCAUGGUGAGUCUGCACUCUGCUACGCUGCUGCUCCCAGCUUCAUCUGCAUCCCUGCUCGACUGCAGGAACAGCUUUGUGUGCUUCAUGAACGUCCCCUGGAUCCGAGUGCUCUGACCGCAAUGUACCACAAAACAAACCUCCUCAAGGAAAUUCAGACAGGACAAAAAACAUGAUAUCGUGCUAUAACAGGAUAUUUUAUAUUUAGAUAUAUAAUAUAGUUUUAUAGAUAUGGAAUCUACGCUGUUAUGAAUAACCAUGCUUUGUCAAAACAUCUUAAGAACAGCUGUUGAGACUCGCUUCCGAAGAUCUACAAUCUGUAUGAACACUUUAACAACCUGUGGUUCCUCUCCGUCUACAUGUUAUCUACCACCAUUGUGGAUAUGCUGUGGUUUAACCUCUUUUUGAGUCUGGUGAUGACACUGCUGGACAGGGCGUUCCACAAGCUUCUCACACUAUAACGUUAGACGCACCAGUCAAAUACCUGUUCCCUUGCCGGUACAAUAAACGGGGCCCUAUUUAGCUGAAAGUGUGUUGUUGAUUGGCAAGCCAUUUCAAAAGCUAGUGGGUGGACACACCUACCUAAUGUCACAAUAUGGUAGUUUGAAUGGGUUUGAAAUGACUCAAUCAACAUCACACUUGUUGGUAAAAAUACACUUUAAAAGUCACAAUGAACAUUCUAAAUGCUUAUUGAGACAACUCUAGCCUUAGAGAAUAUGGGGUCAAACUAAAGCUCUAAAUAAAGAAAGAAUGGGUGGUUGGGUGUAUGAUGUGAAGCACUCAGUUAGAACACCAAGCCAACCCCAAUAGGUGAACGGCCACUAACUGUCCUACAUUAUAUCAGCAAUGCUGUACACCUUCCACAUCAGCUUCCUUGUAUUUAAAAUGUUAAUACAAAAAAAAUGUGUAAAAACGUAAUAAAUGCACUUGGUUUCAGACAUUGA